AACCCAAUAUUAUUUAGAGUAUGUGGAUGCAGGUAUACAGGCAUGAAAAUCUACUUUAGACUGCUCUCUCAAAACUAAUUCAAAACAUUUUUUUUCUGUACAGACAAUUUAAUUCCAAUAGCUAAAGGGGGGAAAAUAGAAAUUCAUGACCAAACAAAUUCCAACACCCUAUGCUGUCGAAAGUCCAAAGCAAAUAUAAAUUACAAAAGGGUGUCGAAGGUAUUGAAAUGCAAUACAUAAUACUGUUUUGGGAGUACAUCGAAUUAAUUCUAUGGUGGUUCUAUGUCAUUGUUGAUUGGUUGAAGUUAUAGAUACCAGAGAUUGGUUUCUUCAUAAUAGCUUCUUAUAUUAGAUGACCCAAUUCCCAUGCAAUGCAUGUACCCCUUUCAAGUUCAAACCUUUCGCAACCUUCUCAAAGCUUGCAUAGCCCAAAGAGACCUCAUAACAGGCAAAAUCCUCCAUGCCCUUUACUUCAAGUCUCUUAUCCCACCUUCCACCUACCUCUCCAACCACUUCACCCUCCUCUACUCCAAAUGUGGUUCCCUCCACAGUGCCCAAACCACCUUCCACCUCACUCAACACCCCAAUGUUUUCUCUUACAACACCCUCAUCAAUGCAUAUGCUAAACACUCCCUUAUCCAUCUUGCCCACCAGCUGUUUGAUGAAAUUCCCCAACCAGACUUAGUCUCUUACAACACCCUUAUAGGUGCCUAUGCUGAUAGGGGUGAGUGUGGGCCGGUGUUGAGGCUCUUUGAGGAAGUUAGAGAGCUCGGUUUGGGCCUUGACGGAUUCACGCUGUCUGGCGUGAUCACUGCCUGUGGUGAUGAUGUUGGAUUGGUUCGGCAGUUGCACUCCUUUGUGGUGAUGUGUGGGUAUGAUUGUUAUGCUUCGGUGAAUAAUGCACUGCUUGCUUGUUAUAGUAGGAAGGGGUUUUUUAAUGAGGCGAAGAGGGUGUUUAGGGAGAUGGGGGAGGGUGGGUCCAGGGAUGAAGUUUCGUGGAAUGCAAUGAUUGUGGCAUGUGGGCAGCAUCGGGAGGGAUUGGAGGCGGUGGGAUUGUUCAUUGAGAUGGUUAGGAAGGGUUUGAAGGUUGAUAUGUUUACCAUGGCAAGUGUUUUGACUGCUUUUACUUGUGUUAAGGAUUUGGUUGGGGGCAUGCAGUUUCAUGGAAUGAUGGUUAAGAGUGGGUUCCAUGGGAAUUCACAUGUUGGGAGUGGGUUGAUUGAUUUGUAUUCUAAGUGUGCUGGUGGCAUGGUGGAAUGUAGGAAGGUGUUCAAGGAGAUUCGUGUACCUGAUUUGGUUCUUUGGAACACGAUGAUCUCUGGGUUUUCACAGUAUGAGGACUUGUCUGAAGAUGGUCUUUGGUGUUUCCAGGAGAUGCAGCGGAAAGGUUUUCGUCCGGAUGAUUGUAGUUUUGUGUGUGUAACUAGUGCUUGUUCUAAUUUGUCAUCCCCUUCUGUGGGAAAACAGGUUCAUGCGUUGGCUAUCAAAUCUGACAUUUCUUAUAAUCGCAUUUCAGUGGAUAAUGCUCUUGUAGCUAUGUAUUCCAGAUGUGGGAAUGUUCAUGAUGCAAGAAAGGUGUUUGAUACAAUGACAAGGCAUAACACGGUGUCUUUAAACUCAAUGAUUGCAGGCUAUGCACAACAUGGUGUUGAAGCUGAGUCGCUCAGGCUUUUUGAACUGAUGCUGCAGAAAGACAUUGCACCUAACAGCAUAACCUUCAUAUCUGUUCUUUCUGCAUGUGCACACACUGGAAAAGUUGAGGAGGGUCAGAAAUAUUUCAAUAUGAUGAAAGAAAAAUUUGGGAUUGAACCAGAAGCAGAACAUUUUUCCUGCAUGAUAGAUCUUUUGGGUCGGGCAGGUAAGCUCAGGGAGGCUGAGAGGAUUAUUGAAACAAUGCCAUUUAAUCCUGGUUCUAUUGAAUGGGCUUCUUUGCUUGGUGCGUGUAGGAAGCAUGGAAAUGUGGAGCUAGCAGUGAAAGCAGCCAAUGAGUUCCUCCGGCUGGAACCUUAUAAUGCUGCUCCAUAUGUAAUGCUUUCAAAUAUGUAUGCAAGUGCUUCCAGAUGGGAAGAGGCUGCAAACAUUAAAAGGAUGAUGAGGGGGAGAGGAGUGAAGAAGAAACCAGGUUGUAGUUGGAUAGAGAUAGAUAAGAAGGUGCAUGUCUUUGUGGCUGAGGACACUUCACAUCCAAUGAUAAAAGAGAUUCAUGUGUACAUGGAGGAAUUGUUAAGGAAAAUGAAGCAAGCAGGGUACGUACCUGAUAUAAGAUGGGCAUUGGUGAAUGCUGACGAGGUGGAGAGAAAUGAGAAAGAAAGAAGGUUAUUGAAUCACAGUGAGAAGCUGGCAGUUGCAUUUGGCCUAAUCUCCACUGAAGAAGGAGUGCCUAUAUUGAUUGUGAAGAACCUAAGAAUUUGUUGUGAUUGCCACAAUGCCAUCAAACAUAUUUCAGCCAUCACUGGCAGGGAAAUCACUGUUAGAGAUACUCACAGGUUUCAUUGCUUUAAGGAAGGGCAAUGUUCCUGCAGGGACUAUUGGUGAUGAAAAACAAUCAAUAUUUCUAGUUCAGUGGGAAAGUAUUAUACUACUACCUUACUAAUUACACACCUGUGUCAAGUUUGGGUAAUUAUCACACCAGAGCUUACAUCAUUAGCUUGACUUUGAAGCUUACUGAAAUAAGUUAAAAAGAACUUAAUUUAGUAAGAUUCAUUGUGGUAGGAGGCCAUAGACGUUUAGGUGACAAAAGGCUAUGGUUUCAAUGAACAUUUGGGUUAUCAACUUUACGUUUUCCCAAGUAUAACCAUCCAAAAGACAGAUUUCAAUCUGCAGAAAAUUCUUGCGUUAUAUCUUUAGGUGAAUAAUUCAGUCAUUGCAUUUUUUUC